AAGGAGAUGAUGACAUCUCUGAAAACUACUUUGGUCAGCUACAUGCUAGAGUUGGAAGCAGAAUAUGGUCUCCCUGGAGCAUUUUAUUCUCCUUAGCUCUGCUAUUAUAGCAUGCCAAGGAACAUCGUCUACACAUGAAAAUAAGAAAGGUCACCAUGGUUAACAAUGGAAGAACAAUGAUUUCAAGCAUCACCCUCCUUUUAACAGGCACUUGUAAAGCACCAGGUCUGGAGAAUGGGCGUCAUGUGUUGAAUAAAGUUCUCUUUGAAGUUGGCGAAUGGCUGCAAUAUCAUUGUGAUGAAGGCUACAUGACUGCAGAGCGGAAUAUUGUGGAAAACGUACAAUGCCUUUCAUCUGGAUGGUCAGCGGUACCUCAGUGUUCUGGAAUCGUCUGUUCUUUUCAACCAAAGAGAGGUUCAGAUAAAUUACAUUUGGUUUACUCCAGUGGGCCGGUAGCAAAGUUUUCAUGUAAUGAUGGGUUUAUAUUGAAAGGAUCUGAAAUCAGCCAGUGUUACUACUAUGGGUGGGAUCCACCAUUACCAACAUGUCAAGAUUCCGGUGAAAGGGUUAAGUGCCCGCCACCACCACAACUGAUGAAUACCCAUGAGAUUACGCUCAAGAGUGUCUACUUCAGCGGAGACAAAGAAAUUAUCAAAUGCAAACCUGGGUUCCAGCUUUAUGGUGCCCAAUUGGUAAUUUGUAAAAAUGGACGUUGGACAUCGCCACCUCAAUGUGUUCUUUUGCAAGAAUGUGAUGAUCCUCCAUCUAUAUUGUUUGGAGCACUGGAUUCAGCGUCCAGAAAGCCAGCAUAUCACAGUGGAAGUGUUGUAAUGUAUAAGUGUAAUGAUGGUUUUGAAAUGACUGGGCUAAAUGAAAUCAUCUGCAUCAUGGGAAAGUGGUCUUCGCCUCCUACUUGUAUUAGUGAUGGCUGCCCGUUAUCAAAAGAGACAAUGAUAACAAGAGGCAUUGCUUUGGAAAAUGCCCCUGCUCAAAUUUCUGAAGGAGAAAGUGUGGAAUUUCAUUGCAUUGGAAAUAUGGUUCCAAGUCAGUCACUUAUGGUUACAUGUAAAGAUGGUAAAAUACAUUAUCCCCAAUGCGUCAACCCAGAUUCUGACUCCUGCCAACUGUCAAAAGAUAAAAUUGCACAGAAUAAUUUGGUGUUGCCAAAGAGUGCAUCCGUGGGCAAAGCGUAUCGCAAUGGUGAUAGAAUUCUUACUCAAUGUAAAUCCAAUUAUUUUCGGGCAUCUCCAAGUUUAAUAGUGGAAUGUUUAAAUGGAAAGAUGAUCUAUCCAAAAUGUGCUCAGGAAAAUGGCUGCCCGUUAUCAAAAGCGACAAUGAUAACAAGAGGCAUUGCUUUGGAAAAUGCCCCUGCUCAAAUUUCUGAAGGAGAAAGUGUGGAAUUUCAUUGCAUUGGAAAUAUGGUUCCAAGUCAGUCACUUAUGGUUACAUGUAAAGAUGGUAAAAUACAUUAUCCCCAAUGCGUCAACCCAGAUUCUGACUCCUGCCAACUGUCAACAGAUAAAAUUGCACAGAAUAAUUUAGUGUUGCCAAAGAGUGCAUCCGUGGGCAAAGCGUAUCGCAAUGGUGAUAGAAUUCUUACUCGAUGUAAAUCCAAUUAUUUUCGGGCAUCUCCAAGUUUAAUAGUGGAAUGUUUAAAUGGAAAGAUGAUCUAUCCAAAAUGUGCCCAGGAAAAACCUUGCCGGAUAAACCAAGAUAUAUUAGAUGAAAACUUUUUGGAAUUUGAUCCAAACUAUGAUUAUAAGGUGUACUUUGAGGAUGGAGAAAUCAUUCAUUUUGUGUGCAAAGCAGGAUACACUACUAUAACUGAAACAACUGGACUAUGUGUUAAAGAAGACAUUAUCUUCCCUGUUUGCCAUGAAAUCUUGCAGUGUAUUAUAUCGAUCAAACAAUCGCAUGGUCUAGCAGGCAUAUCGGGGAUCUACUUCCUCUGCCAUAGCAGUACACCAACUGCACAGUAUUUGCAGGUCUGGGGUCUGAUCAUUUAGAGAAUCAACUAAACUGGAUGAGAAGAGGAUAUGCUCUUGAAGAUGUGUUUUCUGAUCAAUAUAAUAGUAAGAAGUUCAUAUUAGAAAACUUACAGUGUAUAUGCAAAGAACUGAACUGAACAAAAGCUGAAGAAACAUUAUUUCUCAAUUUGAUAAUAUGAUAUAGCAUUAUUGUAUUACCUUAGUCAUGAUUUAAGGAGAAAAACAAAGUGUAACAUUUCUAAAAAAAAGUAAUAAAAUAAUGUAAAAUAA